AUGUUCUCUAAAGUGAUGAUCGUUGCCCUCCUGGCCACCGUUGCCAGCGUCAGUGCCAAGCCGGGAGCGUUCCUGCCAGCGUCCCCUGUGGCGUAUACUGCCGCCGCCCCGCUCGCCUACUCCGCACCGUUGGCCGUUGCUCCCGCCGCCGUCCCCGCCGUCGCCUACACGGCCGGAUAUGCCAACGUAGGAGACUCGGCCGUCGUCACCUCGCACAACUCGCAGGUCAUCAACCCGGCCUAUGCCGCGUACUCUGCCGCCCCGCUUGUGUCGGCUUACGCUGCUUCCCCCCUCGCCUACAGUGCGUACGCUGCCCCGUACGCUGCCCCGUACGCCGCACCGUAUGCUGCCAAGUACGUCCUGUAA